UUUUCGUCACAUUUUACAAAAUUAUGUCUUUAUAUAAAAAUUUUAGAAAGUGUGUUAUAGGAUGUUUGAGCAUUCCUCUUGCUUUAUUAAUUUUAGUUUGUCCAGCGUUAGAUAUCGCAAAAAUUAUAAUUUUUAAUCACACUAAUGGUGAAUUAAAGUUAUAUGAUAUAGAAUACGCAUACUUGAGUUAUUCAUUUUUAAUGGUUGUCGUAUUAUUUUGUUGUACUAUAUGUAUUUCUCGUGGAUUCAAUAAUAUGGCAGAAAAUUCUGCUAAAUCAUUAAGUUGUUUCUUACCAUUUAUUUGGAUAUCCGUUUUAGUUAUAUAUACAAUAUCAACUAGAAAUGAAUUAGGAGAGAUACCAUUUUUUUGUCCAGAAAAUUAUAAUUAUAAAUCAUCAACAAUACGUUUAGCAUGUCAAAUAAGAGCAGCAAAUAUAAUUUGUGUAUGGUCAUUUACUAUUUAUAUUAUGUUCUUUCUUAUAAUUUUACUCGGUUUACCUUCUGAAAAGAAACCUAAAGUUGAUAAAGAUUAUGAUCAAAUUGAAGAAGUUUAUAGUAAAGAGGAUAAAUUUAAUAAGUUUGAUAAAGAGGAUAAAAAAGAAGAUAAAUAAUCAAAUUUAUUUUUA